GUGACCCUACCAGCUCCCAAGGCAGAUCUCUUCUCACAAGGGCUCGGUGGGGAGCCUCUGAAACCUGUGCCGGUUUUUCUCUGCAGACGCAGGAAGAAAGCAGGUGGAUGCAUAAAUAAACAUGGCCUUGCUCCUGGUGGCCUUGCUCACAUUCCUGAGCUUGGGCGCAGGAUGUCAUCAUCGGAUCUGCCACUGCUCUAACAGGGUUCUCCUCUGCCAGGAGAGCAAGGUGACAGAGAUUCCCUCCGACCUCCCCAGGAAUGCGGUUGAACUGAGGUUUGUUCUCACCAAGCUUCAAGUCAUCCCAAAAGGAGCAUUUUCGGGAUUUGGGGACCUGGAGAAAAUAGAGAUCUCACAGAAUGAUGUCUUGGAAGUGAUAGAGGCAAAUGUGUUCUCCAAUCUGCCCAAACUACAUGAAAUUAGAAUUGAAAAAGCCAACAACCUGCUAUACAUCGACCCUGAUGCCUUCCAGAACCUUCCCAACCUCCGAUAUCUGUUAAUAUCCAACACAGGUAUUAAGCACUUGCCAGCUGUUCACAAGAUUCAAUCUCUCCAAAAGGUGUUACUAGACAUUCAAGAUAAUAUAAAUAUCCACACAGUUGAAAGAAAUUCUUUCGUGGGGCUAAGUUUUGAAAGUAUGAUUCUAUGGCUGAGUAAGAAUGGGAUUCAAGAAAUACACAACUGUGCAUUCAACGGAACCCAACUAGAUGAGCUGAAUCUAAGUGAUAACAAUAAUUUGGAAGAAUUGCCUAAUGAUGUUUUCCAGGGAGCCUCUGGACCAGUCAUUCUAGAUAUUUCAAGAACGAGGAUCCAUUCUCUGCCCAGCUAUGGCUUAGGAAAUCUUAAGAAGCUGCGGGCCAAGUCAACUUACGACUUAAAAAAGCUCCCCAGUCUGGAAGCUUUUGUCACACUCGUGGAGGCCAGCCUCACCUACCCCAGCCACUGCUGCAUCUUUGCCAACUGGAGGCGGCAGAUCUCUGACCUGCAUCCAAUUUGCAACAAAUCUAUCUUCAGGCAAGAAGUCGAUGAUAUGACUCAAGCUAGGGGUCAGAGAGUCUCUUUGGCAGAAGACGAUGAGUCCAGCUACGCCAAACGAUUUGACGUGAUGUACAGUGAACCUGACUAUGACUUAUGCAAUGACGUGGUUGACAUCACUUGCUCCCCCGAGCCAGAUGCAUUCAAUCCAUGUGAAGAUAUCAUGGGGUAUGGUAUCCUCAGGGUCCUGAUAUGGUUCAUUAGCGUCCUGGCCAUCACUGGGAACAUCUUAGUGCUCUUAAUACUGAUCACCAGCCAAUACAAGCUCACAGUCCCCCGGUUCCUUAUGUGCAAUUUGGCCUUUGCCGACCUCUGCAUUGGGAUCUACCUGCUGCUCAUAGCGUCAGUUGACAUCCACACCAAAAGCCAGUACCACAACUACGCCAUUGACUGGCAAACUGGAGCAGGCUGUGACGCUGCCGGCUUCUUCACCGUCUUUGCCAGUGAGCUCUCAGUCUACACCCUGACAGCCAUCACGCUGGAAAGAUGGCACACCAUCACCCACGCCAUGCAGCUAGAACGCAAGGUACAGCUCCGCCAUGCUGCCAGCGUCAUGCUGGUGGGCUGGAUCUUCGCUUGUGCAGUCGCCCUCUUUCCCAUCUUUGGCAUCAGCAGCUACAUGAAGGUGAGCAUCUGCCUGCCUAUGGAUAUCGACAGCCCCUUGUCACAACUGUAUGUUAUGUCCCUCCUUGUGCUCAACGUCCUGGCCUUUGUGGUCAUCUGUGGCUGCUACACUCACAUCUACCUCACAGUGAGAAACCCCAACAUCACAUCCUCCUCUAGCGACACCAAGAUUGCCAAGCGCAUGGCCAUGCUCAUCUUCACUGACUUCCUCUGCAUGGCGCCCAUCUCCUUCUUUGCCAUCUCUGCCUCCCUCAAGGUGCCCCUCAUCACUGUGUCCAAGUCAAAGAUCCUCCUGGUCCUGUUCUACCCCAUCAACUCCUGUGCCAACCCCUUCCUCUACGCUAUCUUCACCAAGAACUUCCGCAGGGAUUUCUUCAUUCUGCUGAGCAAGUUUGGCUGCUAUGAAAUGCAAGCCCAGACCUAUAGGACAGAAACCUCAUCCACUGCCCACAACUUUCAUCCAAGGAAUGGCCACUGCCCUCCAGUUCCCAGGGCUACCAAUGGUUCCAAUUACACACUUAUCCCCCUAAGCCAUUUAGCCCAGAACUAAAACACACUGUGCAAACGCUUCUGAGUGUUGAAUGACAAUUAAGUCUUGCCUUUGAAGAAUAUGCCAUGGCACAGCUGACAGAGCACUUCUACGUGCUUCAUCUAAUUUAAUCUUCCGGGCACAUCCAUAAGGUAAAUUAGUCAGAAACUAUUAACUCUAUGUGAUUCAUUAGGAAGCUGAAGUAUUAAUAACAACAUUAAUAAUUAAAAUAAUGUAAUGCUACAUCACAUUUGUUUUAUCCUUUAUAAAUGUUCAAAGUGCUUUUGUUCGGGUCAUCUCAGCCGAUCCCUAGAAAAGUCCUAUUAAACAGGCAGAACAGGAAUUAUUCUUGGAGUUUUAUAGAUGAGAAAAACAAGACUCGAAGGGUUAAGUGACUUGUUCAAAAUUGCUUGGCUUACAAGAGGCAGAGCCACAAUUAAGUGUUCUGACUCCCAGGGAACUUCCAAGAGAGGCAGCACAAUACUCAUUCAUUCAUUCAUUCACUCAACGAAUAUCUACUGAGCACCAAUGUGAUGGCUUUGUAAUGUGUCAACUUGAGUAGGCUGAACUACACUUGCCAGAAUUCCCUUUCUUAUAUGCUU